AUGUCUUCUGCUUUCGACGCAUUUGUCACCGUUCACCAGUAUCAACUGACCUCGAUCCCCAAAGAUCUAUGGUUGCCCUUGUUUAUGAAACUCGGCGAGGAUUAUUUGGAUGCAGGCAAUUUUGUUGAGCUUCAUCAAGGCGAUUGUCUCGAAGGAUAUUCGUUGCAUGUCAAAAAGGAUCAGAAAUUGGAGAAGCACGGUGAUAUCUUUUUAGUGGAUCAUGCAUGGACGACGCAUCCCGAGACAGCACGCAAGGAACUUUUGGAGAAUCCCAAUCUCUUGGAACGUUUGGAAGGCAUGAUGAACAUCGAAGCUGACGAUGAGCCUGAGCUCAGUGAGGAUGAAGAGGAACAAGUUGAGCAUGAUGAUGAGACCAUUAAGGCCGUAGCAGAGCAAGCCAAUGUAAGCUAUCAAGAAGCCAAGGAUGCUCUGGAAGCUGAAAAGUAUGAAGUUGUCAAUGCUAUUACGCGCUUGACUUUGGAUGAGGAUUUCAAAAAGGAAUCGGAGCGCUUGCAAGACCAAGUGCUUGGUCAAUUGAUUGCCAGUGGCAAAGCUCAAGAAAAAGAAGACAAGGUCAAGAAGGAAAAGGAGGAACGACACAAAGCACGUGUGGAAGCAUGGCAAAAGGCACGAGUGGAUCGCGUUUGCAAGGACAUGUGGUCGUAUCUCCAAACCUAUUCAUACGCUGUGUUGCAACAAGAUGGUCAACCCAAGACUCAAACAGCUUGGUACAUGAACGACGAAGUUGGUUCGGCUCUCGCACAUUCAUCCGACCCCAAUGUUGUUUGUGUCCCAUUCAUCUUUUCUCGUGGUGCCAGUGGUAUGAUUCCCUACAGCGUCAUGUUCCCUAUCAAGGACAUUCAGCCCGGUGAAGUCAUGACAUGCGACCUUGUCCCUAAAAAAUUGGAACGACCCCUGGAUCGUGCAGCAUACUUGAUGGCUUUCCAACAACGUGUUUUACCAGAGCAUAACGUCCAUCAUCAAAAUGAUUUGGUUCAAGCUUACAAGAUGUUUCAAACUCGACUUGAUCAAAAGCAUUUCAAGCCUGAUGUCCAACCUGUUGUUCAGCAACAAUCGAAGGUGGAAAAGCAAGAUGUCGUCAAGGUUUACAGCACCACUGAAUAUGUGCGUCAAUAUUUGAAGCUUCCCAAUGCCAAGUUUACCAACUCGGUUGAUUCCGCCGACUUGAUCUGGUGUAGCCAAGACUUUGAUGGAUAUGAUAAGCUCAAGCCCAACCAAAUGAUCAACCAAUUCCGUUAUGAAAGCUGUGUCACUUAUAAGCAGCGUCUUGCCCAACUUGUGCAGGAAACAUGGGGUGCUCCUCAAUGGUUGCCUCGUACUUACAACAUGACCACCCAAUUGACCGAGUUUGUUGGUGACUAUUUGGCUCAUAAGGAUGAGGAGAAUGAUUUGUGGAUUACCAAACCAUGGAACUUUGCACGUGGCAUGGAGAUUGAUGUAUCUGGUCAAUUGCCCUUCUUGAUCCGCCAAUAUGACUCGCCCACACCCAAGGUGGUUCAGCAAUAUAUCACAAAGCCAUGCUUGUAUAACCACAAAAAGUUCGAUUUGCGCUUCAUUGUCCUCGUCAAAUCCGAUGGCACUGUUUGCGUAUACAAGAUGUUCUGGAUUCGCCUCGCUAAUAAGCGAUUCAACUUGGAGAAUUUGGAUGAUUACGAAUGCCAAUUUACAGUGAUGAACUAUUCCAAUUUCCCCAUGACCCAACUUGACUACAAGAGCUUUAUUCACAACAUUGAAAAGCAGCAUAAUAUUCAAUGGAGCCCUAUUCAAGAGGAUAUCCAUAAUGCCAUCAAGGAUGUUAUCUCGGCUGCCAUGUCAAAGAAUCAACCAAUUGGUCUUCGUGAAAAAUCAGCACCUUCUUAUGGCGCAUUCAGCAUGUAUGGCGUUGACGUGAUGCUGACGGACACUUACAAGCCUGUCAUUUUGGAAGUCAACUUUUCGCCUGAUUGUACUCGUGCAUGCCAGUAUGAUCCUGAAUUCGUCAACAAUGUGUUCAAGGCUGCUGAUCCACGCUUUGGACAAGUGGCACAAGGCUUGGAAGCUUUCCAUGUACUAUAG